CGGUUCCAAAUUAUGGAUUCGCUCGAAUUUUGCUGUGAGUAUAUUAUGAAAAAAAAUACUAAAUGGAAAUAUGACGACUGGCGAGAGCUAGCUAGCACAAAGGUCGUCGUCGACCAUGUCUGUGGCGUCUAUAAAGCAAAGCUACAUACAUGGCGCGUACUGCACCACCGUACCUUGCGUACCGGCUGGAAGAAGCAAACAAGCCAAGCUAUAGGCUCUAGCUAGCUCCGGCGGACCUCAGCGGCCGGGAUCAGAUCGGAAUCGGAUGGGCAGCGUGGGCGUGGAGGCGGAUGACGACGGCAGCAUCGUCAAGGAGUUCCUGCAGCGGUGCGAGCCCUCCGGCGACGCCGCCUACGGCGAGCUCAGGGCUCUGCUGGCGCGCCUCCACGACCCGGCCACCAGGCGCGACGCGCGCCUCUUCCUCGCCGCGCUCCACCGCCACCAGCAGCGCAGCUCGUCGGCCGCCGGCGGACUAACGCACGAGCAAUUCUUUCGACGCUUCGGCUUCCGCAUGCAGGAGCUGCUGCUCCAGGAUACCGCCACCGACAUAACCGCCUCCAGCUUCAUCGCCACCAAGCCCGCCGCAGCCGCAGGUUUCCAACAAAUGAAGAAGUUGACAAUGAUGGAGAUACCAAGCAUCUUCAUUCCUGAAGAUUGGUCAUUCACUUUCUAUGAGGGCCUCAACCGUCAUCCAGACUCCAUUUUCAGGGAUAAGACAGUAGCUGAGCUGGGAUGUGGCAACGGUUGGAUAUCUAUUGCUCUUGCAGAGAAGUGGUGCCCUUCAAAGGUCUAUGGCCUGGAUAUAAACCCAAGAGCUGUGAAGAUUGCAUGGAUAAACCUGUACUUGAACGCAUUAGAUGACGACGGUCUCCCGAUCUAUGACGGGGAGGGGAAAACAUUGCUCGAUAGAGUUGAAUUCUAUGAAUCUGAUCUCCUUUCUUACUGUAGAGACAACAAGAUAGAGCUCGAUCGUAUUGUUGGAUGCAUACCACAGAUUCUCAACCCAAAUCCAGAGGCGAUGUCAAAGAUUGUAACAGAGAAUUCAAGUGAGGAGUUCUUGUACGCCUUGAGUAACUACUGUGCUCUUCAGGGUUUUGUCGAGGACCAAUUUGGCCUUGGGUUGAUUGCUCGUGCGGUGGAAGAAGGGAUAUCUGUCAUAAAGCCUUCAGGUAUUAUGGUAUUCAACAUGGGAGGUCGACCAGGACAGGGUGUCUGUGAACGUCUAUUUCGACGGCGUGGGUUUCGCAUUACUAAGCUCUGGCAAACCAAAAUUAUGCAGGCUGCUGACACAGAUAUUUCAGCUUUGGUUGAAAUUGAGAAAAACAGCAGACAUCGAUUCGAGUUCUUCAUGGAUCUUGUUGGGGAUCAGCCUAUCUGUGCUCGCACAGCCUGGGCAUACAUGAAAUCUGGUGGUCACAUUUCACAUGCUUUGUCUGUGUAUAGCUGUCAACUUCGCCAGCCCAACCAGGUGAAGAAAAUAUUUGAGUUUCUUAAAGAUGGAUUCCAUGAAGUCAGCAGUUCCCUUGAUUUAUCCUUUGACGAUGAUUCUGUAGCUGAGGAAAAAAUUCCCUUCCUAGCUUACCUUGCUAGUUUUCUGAAAGAGAACAAGUCAAAUCCCUGUGAGCCACCAGCUGGAUGUCUAAACUUUAGGAAACUUGUUGCUGGAUUUAUGAAGAGCUACCAUCACAUUCCUCUAACUCCUGAUAAUGUCGUUGUGUUCCCUUCUCGCUCUGUGGCAAUAGAGAAUGCUCUUCAAUUGUUCUCACCGGCGCUUGCAAUUGUUGAUGAACAUUUAACCAGACACUUGCCCAAGCAAUGGUUAACAUCUUUAGCAAUUGAGGGAAGAGCAGAUUGUAAUCACGCCGAUGGUACAGUUACUGUAAUUGAGGCACCACGCCAAUCAGAUUUACUGAUUGAGUUGAUCAGGAAGCUGCAGCCUCAGGUGGUUGUUACUGGCAUGGCUCAAUUUGAGGCUAUCACCAGUGCUGCUUUUGAGAACCUACUAAACGUAACAAAAGAUGUUGGCUCCCGGCUGUUCCUGGAUAUUUCUGAGCAUCUGGAGUUGUCUAGCCUGCCAAGCUCUAAUGGUGUAUUGAAAUAUCUUGCUGGAAAGACAUUACCGUCACAUGCAGCUAUACUGUGUGGUUUAGUAAAGAAUCAGGUGUACUCUGAUCUGGAGGUUGCUUUUGCCAUUUCCGAAGAUGCAGCUGUAUAUAAAGCAUUAUCACAAACUAUUGAGCUAUUGGAAGGCCACACUUCUCUGAUCAGCCAGCACUAUUAUGGUUGCCUUUUCCACGAGCUUCUGGCAUUUCAGAUUGCUGACCGUCAUCCACAGCAAGAGAGACAACCUGCGGAAGUGAUACCUCAGCAGAUGAUAGGAUUUUCUGACCCAGCUGUGUCUACCCUAAAGGCUACUGAAUUUUUCGUUCCUGGUUCAGCUGAAUCCAGCAUUAUUCAUAUGGAUUUAGAUCGCAGCUUCCUGCCAGUACCUUCAGCAGUGAAUGCGUCUGUUUUUGAAAGUUUUGUCAGGCAGAACAUCACUGAUUCUGAAACCGAUGUCCGUUCCAGCAUCCAACAGCUGGUGAAAGACAGCUAUGGUUUAUCCGCAGCUGGUUGUGCAGAAAUUAUCUACGGAAACACCUCCGUAGCACUCUUCAACAAGCUCGUCCUUUGUUGCAUGCAAGAACAGGGCACCUUGCUUUUCCCCUUGGGCACCAAUGGCCACUACGUCUCCGCAGCAAAGUUUGUGAACGCUAGCACCGUGACUAUACCGACAAAUCCCAGUUCAGGGUUCAGGAUCGAGCCCAAGGUUCUAGCUGACACUCUUAAGAAUGUAUCUCGGCCGUGGGUGUAUGUUUGCGGCCCCACGAUCAACCCUACUGGCUUUCUGUACAGUGACAGUGACAUCCGAGAGCUGCUCUCCGUAUGCGCUGAAUAUGGAGCCAGGGUAGUGAUAGAUACAUCCUUCUCUGGCCUGGAGUACGAGACCGAUGGAUGGAGGCAGUGGAAUCUGGCAGGAUGCCUUUCCUCUUUGAAGCGUUCAGAGCCAUCGUUCUCUGUGGUCCUGCUCGGAGAGCUGUCCUUUGCGCUGACUGCAGGUGGGCAUGACUUUGGGUUUGUGAUAUUGGGUGACUCGUCGUUGGCUGAGACGUUCCAUAGUUUUUCUAGCUUGAGUCGACCGCACACCACAUUGAAGUACACUUUCAAGAAGCUGCUGGGGCUUAAGAACCAGAAGGACCAGCAUUUCUCGGAUCUGAUAGUGGAGCAGAAGGAGGAGCUGAAGAAUCGCGCCAACCAGUUGAUACAGACACUGGAGAGCUGUGGCUGGGAAGCUGCCAUCGGUUGCGGUGGCAUCUCGAUGCUGGCGAAGCCCACCGCGUACAUGGGGAAGGCCUUCAAAGCUGCUGGCUUCGACGGCGAGCUGGACGCGAGCAACAUCCGGGAAGCCAUCCUGAGGGCCACUGGGCUGUGCAUAAACAGCAGCUCCUGGACGGGGAUCCCUGGCUACUGCCGGUUCAGCUUUGCUCUGGAGAGGGGGGAAUUCGAGCGUGCGAUGGGAUGCAUAGCUCGGUUCAAGGAGCUGGUUCUGGGAGGCGCUCAGAUGAAUGGUGCCUGAUGGAGCAAUCCAUGUUAUACGUAACCUUGGUGCUGUGUAGUAGCGAUGAUAUUGUUCCAGGUGAUGGAGAUAUCAAGGAAUAACAAGAGCCUACCUGCUGUGAAGUCAAUGUACUACUAGGAUGGAUAGGGCGCUUCGAUGCGCCCUUUCUGUCUUCGAAUUGCUGUGCUGUGCACGGAGAAUAAACAUAUACUAUUAUAUAUAUACAUACAAUUUGCUAAGAUAUACUCC